AUGUCUGAUUCACUGGCGUACGAAGUCAGAAGUACAUCAGAUAUUCUUGCAUUAUCAGGACAAGAGCAACAGUUCUCUCGCAAUGUGAUAAGGCUUCCGCCUUUCAGCACGGCCAGUGUCUUGUUGCAUACGUACGAGACCAAGAUAUCAUCCAUAUGCCCCAUAGUGCAUAUUCCGACGGUUCGUUCACUUCUUAGGACAUCUUAUUUCCGACUGAACAACUCUGCUAUCAUUUCACCCAGCAGUAUUGCAGUACUGUUAGCUGUCUUUGCUCUCGGAGCGUUCUUUGGCGAUACUUCGUCUACCUCCGAAGUUGCCGCGACUGAGGCGGACGGAAUCGCACUUUCGAAAGCUUUCAGCAGGCAUGCUUUAGAUCUACUAGAUCAGUCGCGCCGCACGAGUUCUGGCACGCUGGAAGACGUACAAGCGCACAUUCUGAUGUCGCUGGCGCUCUCGCAUAUUGAUGGCUUCUCGGCUAGAAGCAGGAUGUUAUUUUCGUCAGCCUUGUCCUUGGCCCGAGAUUUGCGCUUGCACAGAUUGGAUGAAAGCGAGGCGCCCAAAGCCGCCCCUCGCAAUGCACGGGAUCUAAUCGAUGAGGAGUUCAAACGAAGAGUCUUCUGGUAUCUGGCUUCAGAGGACUGGCUGCAAUCAACCAUAUCUGGACCACAAGAGGGCAUGUAUUGGAUCCAGCAAGGCCACAUCAAAGUGAAACUACCUCGAGACUGUACAGACGAUGAACUCUCGCUAGGCGAUACAAGCGGUAGCACGUUUGAAGAAGCCCCUUCCCAUGUAAUGGUAUUUCUCGAAAGGAUUCGUCUGGCGCGCAUCUGCUGCGAGAUCGCAGAUAAUUUGCCAUUGGAAACCGUCGCGCUUCUGCAGAUGCCAUACGAACGCAUUAUUGCCCUAGACCAAAAGCUUGAGCAGUUUCUUGCGACCCUGCCGCCUGUCCUGCAAUACAACUGUACGAACGAUCACAUUCUCGAGUCCAUGUACCCACAGCUACCUUCCUGGCGCUAUUGCAUCGCCAAGGCUGCCCUUUCCAGACGAUGGAAGUUGAAUCAGCCAUUUCUCUUGCGACAAAACCUGGACCCACGGUACGCGUACUCUCGACGAGCAUGUGUGGAGUCUGCGCAUGCAGUUAUAGCUGGCUAUACGAGCCUCUUCACUUGCAAUGUGACAUCAACACUGCUCACGAGGAUGGGAAUCGCGAUCCAUUUCACCCAUCUCGCGUUGAGCAUCUUGAUCAUGGACCUGUGCUUCAAUCAACCGCAAAGAGACGUUACUCGUAUCAAAGGGGGCAUCGAAGCUGCGUUCAAGAUCUUCGGCAACGCAAGAACUGUGUCUCCUCUCUUGGCAAAGUCCCUUGCAUCGCUGAAAGCGGUGCUACAGCGGUAUAAUAUCGACCUUGCCGAUGCAUCCCCUCCCAAUGUCGGUGUCCAAAUUAGUAACGGUGAUGAUGCAGAGCACAGUACUUCCGACGCUACCAUUCAAGAGCUAUCAAACACUCAUGACCAAAGCCGCUACCAGGAUGUACGUACGGAUACAACAUUUGAUGCUUUCUGGGAUAUCGCAAUGCAAAAUGACGGUGGUAUAGAUCUCAAUGAGUGGGACCAUCUAUUCUCCACUCUCGACACCCGUCCUAUCUAA